AUGAGCCAAGACUGUCUUAUAGUUACUUCAGAAGGUAAUUCAAUUGUUUGUAAUGUUAAUGUACCAGAUGAAGUUUUUGUAGCAGGAAAAUCAUGGAUUGGUAUAUAUGUAGUUAAUAGAGAAAAAAAUGAACAUUACCAUAAAAGUCAAUAUGUUGCAUCAGCAACGUCAGUGAUUAGAUUUAAUACAUUAACAGAUGGUAUUUAUGAUGUAAGAUAUUUUAAAGAGAAAUAUGAAAAAUGUUUUAAUACACGUGUUUCAAUUGGACAAUUAGUUAUUCCCAAAUACACAGUUAGUGAUAUAACUUCCAAUGAAUAUAAACUUCAUUUAACAUUUAAUCAAGAACAAUUACUUCCUGGAGAUUGGUUUGGAUUAUUUAAAACAAGUUCAAUGAGUCAAAAACAUCCAAUUGUUCAAAUGAGUGUUGAUCCAAAACAAAAUGAAUAUGAUAUUGACCUUCUUCCAUUAAAUUUAGAACCUUAUUACUUUUGUUCUGAAAAUGGAAUUUUAACAGCCAAACAAGAACGCUUUGAAAUUAGAUAUUAUCGUUCAGGAUGUACUUGUUAUAAUGAAAGAGCAAUACACACUAGACUAUGGCCAAGUACAUUUUCAAUGAAUUUAUAUAGUUUUGUUCCUUCAGGCAUUUGUCCUCUUAAUGAAAUAACAAAGGGUGCAUUAUUAGUGAAUAUUAAUAAUAUAAAUAAUGAGAUUAAACUUAUUUAUUGUUCAAAUGUUAAAGACUUUGAAAUUCAAAUAUAUAAUGAAAAUGAGUUAAUUUAUAAAAACGUAUAUCAACCUCGAUCCAAGGAAAUAACUAUUAGUUUAAGUCAAACAUUAAUUGCACCAAGUAUUGAAAUUCGAUUAGUUUGUUUAGCAACAAAUCAUAUCCUUGAAAAAAAAGAACAUAAUAUGAAUUAA